CAGCAAUGUCACUACAUCUGCAAGAUACACGGAUCGGAAGUCUGUUUCAUGCUGUCAGUCUUUUAGUAGUGGUAUGCUGUUGCAGUGCUGUAACAGUUCAGAAACCUGCACCAUUUUGCAUCCUCAUCAGUUCAGAACAGAGGAGUUCUCAGGUGAGCUUUCUCAUCCACUCAUCGGACACUUCCGCAUCUCCUCUCUUUUACUGGAGCAAGUGGACUUCAGAGAAACGUCUCGAAGGUUGUUUCAGGAGUAGCGACGGGACACUGGUUGCGCGUUAUCGGUCACUCUGCCGUCAAGAGCGCGCGCGGGACGAUGAGAAACCAAUGCACUUCAUAAGCGCGCUGCUGGAAGAUGCCAGUCUGUGUCAAAUGAACAUGCAUAUCAAUUUCACUUUGCACAAAGAAGACAUAUAUCAAGGCCAGCAGAUGGAUUCAAGAGCAAAAAGUCGCCAAAAACGCGCGUGGGUUUUCACGGGAACACUUUGGUGUGGACGUGGCACCAGCGACAGUGACUAUGAACAGCUGGGUAUGUUUGUGCACACAGAUCGAUGCUGUCGAGAUCAUGAUCACUGUGAACUCAUCAUCCGCUCGUUCUCUGUGGACUUCAGCGUGUUCAACCCCACUCUGUUCACUCUCUCUCACUGUGACUGUGACCGCAGAUGA